AUGACGGCGCGCAAGGAUAAGGAGAGGGCUUUGGAUGCGGCGCUUACUGCGGUGAGCGGCCAAGGCGGAGCGGAACCGAAGGCAAAGAAGGGGCGGAUGGAGGAUUGGUAUGGCGAGGGGGGGAAGACGGCGAAGCGUGCGGCCGACGAUUCGAUUUGCCUCUUCAUCGCGGGGACGCGCACGGCAGAGAUUAUAUGCCAGCACCCCCUCUUCCUCAACAUGCUGCGCGCCGUUAACGCUGCCGGACCCGGAUACGUCCCCCCCAAGCGUGGCUACGUUGGAGGCGCCGGGCUGCUGGCGUGCAAGCAGCAGAUUGAGAAGGGAUUGGCGCCCAUUACGAAGACUUGGAAGGAGACUGGCAUGACGAUCGCCAGCGACAUGAUGAGGGACAAGAGCGGCCGCGCGCAGAUGAACAUCGUCUGCAUCAACGCCAGUGGAGCGGUUUUCCAGGAGGCGGUCGACUGCAAGGCGGAGACAAAGACUGGGGCGUUUAUUGUGAGCGUCCUGCGGCCGAUCAUCGAGAAGGACUUCGGCAGCAUGGAUUGGGCGCAGGAGGUCGUGCCAGUGGCGACCGACAUGAUUUCGUUCGUGCGCAGCCACACGUGGACGCGUGCCUUCCUGUGCUGUCCCGAGCUGCACGGCGAGGAGAAGUCGCUGCAGCCGCUGUGA